GCCCACUACAGGAAGACAGACACACACACGGACAGACGGCCACUCAGUCCGUCAGCUUCGACACCGUAUCCUGCCAUGCAGGACUGCAUACAUAAGCACGAUGAUAUAUCCAUGAAGGCAAGGCAGGCUCCAUUGAUGGACAACACCCAUUUAUUCCCCACCCCCACCAUCAGUGAGUGUCACUUCUUGCUGCCAGCAGGUAGAAAAAGAGGCGGCCGAUAGCCAGAGUCGUCACCCUCACUACUCCCUUGAUGCGCCUUGCUCGUCCCGUUGGCGGCAUACCCACCACCACCACCCCCAGUGCCCAUCCCUAGCCCCCCGUCACCAUUGCCGGGCUGCUGUGGAUUCGCAGGACCACUACUGUUGGAGAGGAAGGCCGAGGUGGUCGCCACGGUGCCGUUGUCGCUGCCCUCGGCCAGCGUCGAGGUCUCGACGGUGGCGUCGCCCCCCGCCCCAUUGAUGGUGUCGUCUUCCCGCCUCCUGGACGACACUUGCAUUCUCCACAUCUGAGCGUACUCUCCGCCUGCGGCCAGCAGCUCGUCAUGGGUGCCGUGCUCCACCAGCUGACCCUCGUGCAGCACCAUGAUCUGACAGACAGACAGACAGACAGACAGGUGAGAGAGAGAGUAUGGAGGAGGGCAUGGCAUUGGGACGGCAUGGACAGACAGCUUUUCGUUCUGCCGAUGACCGUGGGUGCCUACCUGGUCAGCGUGUCGGAUUGUGCUGAGUCGAUGUGCAAUGGUGAUGCAGGUGCGAUUGCGACGAAGUCGCAACAGGGCCUCCUGCACACACACACAAAUACCCAUUCAUUCACACACUCCUUCAGCACAAGCCGCAUCAUAGCCAGCUGGUGUGGCUUGGUCGAUCUCCUCACCCACCUGUAUCCCCGCCUCCGUCUUCGUAUCCAGUGCCGAGGUGGCCUCGUCCAGCAGGACGAUGGGGGGGUUCUUGAGAAGGCAUCUGGCGAUGGCUACUCGCUGCUUCUCUCCCCCCGACAGCUUGAGUCCUCUCUCGCCCACGGUGGUCUCCCACUUGUCAGGCAGGGACUCGAUGAAGCCCCUCAGCUGCGCCAUCUCGGCCACCCGCUCGCACUCCUCCAUUGUGGCGUCCAGCUUACCGUACUUGAUGUUGUGCAGCAGGGUGUCGUUGAACAUGACCGUGUCCUGAGGCACCACACCUACCGCCUGACGCACUGACCUGCAUCACAUCACAUGCGCACGCACACGGCAAACAUGGUGAGGUGUGUGGAUGUAUGGGUUGAGUGCACUGCACCGGCAGCUUGCCUUUGCUGCACGGAUGAGAUGUCGGCCCCGUUGAGGAGGAUCUGCCCCUGCUGUGGGUCGUAGAAGCGGAAGAGCAGCCGGCUUAUGGUGGUCUUCCCCGCACCCGUAUGCCCCACAAUGGCACAGGUCGACCCAGCAGGGACCACAAAAGACACGCCACGCAGACCCCUGAACAAACAAACCGAACAUUUGAAGAACAGCAGACAGACAAAUGCUGCACUCACUGUUCAUUGAAUGCCUCUUCCCUUUCUCAUCUCACCUUUGCGCAGGUUGGUUGGGGUACUUGAAGUGCACAUCCCUGAACUCCACCACGAUGCCGCCACACGUCUGGUCACCGGGGUUGCCGGCCGUGACGCCGUUGAUCGACCCACUGUCCAUCGGCAGGGCUAUCUCGCCCGUGACGUGGUGCGGCAGGGGCAGCGGGGGGGCCCCAGGCAUGUCGACCAAAUCAGGCUGCCAAGGCAGGCAGGAAGGAUUCCAUGGGGAAACGCUUAUAUGGAGAGGGGGCGGCGAGGGAGCCGCCCGUUUCUGUCUCCCUGUGUGGCCACAUACCUGUUCUGCGAGCAGCUGUGACAAGUUUCGGAUGUCGAUGAAGGCCUUGAUAAUCACGUUCCACACCUGACAACCAUACACACACACACACACACAUGGCAUGUGAUGAGGUGAGGCGGUAUUGCGGCGGACGGACGGACUGACCGAGCCAAGGAAGUUGAGGGGCACAAAGACGUUGAUGAUGUAGACGUUGACCGACACGAAUGACCCGAUCGACAUAUCUCCUCGCCGGAUCUCCAUCCCGCAGAUGAUCAGCCCCACUGGCCAUCACACCAACACACACACAGAAACACAGAAGUCGUCAAAUGUCUGACGGCGGCGGGCGGUGGGUUCUUACGUAUGAGGGUGCUCUGGACGAUGACCUGCUGCAGGACAUUGAGCAGGUUCAGCGACACCUGGGUCGCCACACCAAACCGCUGACAAACAAGACACAACAGAACACAACACAGUACACACACCCCCACACAAACGCCUCUCCGUGUGUCGUAUUGCCCCCUGUGUGAUGUGUCGAUGUUCACUCACCUGGUAGUCCCUGACGGCCUCGCAGAAUCUAUCGAGCUCGAAGGGCUCGUUCGUGAAGUACUUGACCGUCUCGAAGUUGAUGAGGGAGUCGGUGGCUAUGUCGUGGAAACGGUUGUCCUUCUUGUUGGCCUCCGUCCUAAAUUUCCUCCGCCAAAGCGUCACCUUGACCGUCAAGAUGCCGUAGAUCAGCAACGCACCCGCCAAAAGGGCCGCCAGCUCCCACCUUUACACACAGGAUGGUGGGGGGAAGUGUGUGGUGACGUGUGUGUCGGCGUGUGGAUACUUUUGGAAAUGCAGAAGGAAGACCACACAGACGGCGAAGCACUCGGCGACCGAGGGGAUGAGAUACAGCACACCCCACGUCAUCAAACUGUUGGCCGCGUCGCAGCCACGAUCCCUGACACAACACACAAUACACACACACACACACAGACAGGCCGUGAGGUGGGUGAAUGAUACAAUGGCCCGUCCGUCCGUCGUCUGUGCUGCCCUUCCCUCCUUGCUUGUAUACAUGGAACGUAUGACGUUGCCCAUGCGUUUCUUGAGGUGCCACUGGAGGGAGAGGUUGUGUAGGUGCUGGAAGGUGUGCUGGGCGAUCUCGAUGUACGCCGCCUGCUGCACCUUGAUGUAGAGGAGGCUCUGACACUCCUUGAGGGCCUUGCCGCUGAAGGUUAGGAAGCCGAACAGCACCACAUACGUGAUCAGCCCGCCCACCCGGCCAUCGGUCAGCGCGUUGACAGCGAAGCCGAGGAAGGCCGGCGCACAGACGUUGCAUGUCUUGCUGCCGACGACGCACAGCCAGGUGGACAGACACCGGAUGCGGUUCCACAUGGUGCUGCCCUUGCCGUCCACGCUACUCCUCGGCCAAAAGUAAGGCCGCAGCACCUUGAGCAGCGACCACACAGACAGCUCGCUGCUGUACUGCUCCUCCUCAGGCGUGCUCGGCGCCUGCCCAUCCUCACUGUUGACCGUCAGCAGAGCGAUCCGGUUGGCGCGUGCCUUCUGCUCGUUGCUCACGACGGCCUCCAGCCACCAAGUCAACAGCCAGUCGGCGAAAGCAAACACCAGGUUGACCAGCACGAUCAGCCCCACAUGGUGUGUGCCGCUGAACCAUGGAUAAGCGAGCACCUUGACGAGUGCAUAGAAGGCCAGGACGCCGAGGAAUCGGGCCAGCCAGAGGAGGGGAGUGGUCUUCCACCUCUCCUCGUUGCCUUUGGUGCCAAGGUAGACCACCGCCACGCUCAGCGACCGGACUAGGGCAACGAUGAUAAUGUCGAAGGCCGACGAGCGGAAGUGGUAGCGCGCGACGUCGUUACGACUGGCCUCUAGGAAGGAGAAGCCAUAGCAGCCAAGCCACAAAACGAACAGCAGGAGCCAGUCGGCGAUAGCAAGGACCGUCCCCAGCCGGUAGAACCGUGCUUUCUUCUUCCCCUGUGAGUCACAUAGGCAUGCACACAGACACCGACAGACAGUGCAUGAGUGCGUGGCCGGCCGUCCUCUCCCCCCGACACAUGCUAUGCCCUCUUGUGUGUCUAUGUGUUUGUUUGCCGCUGACUGACCAGUGUCGCCAGUAGCUCAUCCUCCUGGAUGGUGCUGAGGUCCGACAUGUCAGUCAUCCUCCUCGCUGGGCCACCCGCGGGUCUCUGUCUUUCCCUCAGCCUUCUCAGCGCCCCUGCCGUGAGCCUCAGAUGAAGUGUGGUUUGGCGCUGCCUGGCAGUUGCUGGUGGUGGCAAUGAUGUCCGUGGCCUGCUGCCCCUCCGUCCCACACGGCCACCGGCUGCCGUCGGCAACAACACGAUGGGCCACAGAGGAGAAUAUGGAAGGUUGGAUGUCCGAACUCCAACCUUCAGAGAUGAAUGAAUCAGUCAAUCAGCCAACGCGGUCAGCUAACGGUCAACAUGGCUGGCAGGGGGGGGAUGUGUCG